AUGUCUUGCUCGCAGCUCCUCCCGUUGCCUUCUGCAAGCAUCCAUAAUGCAUUCACAACCUCAAACUUGCUGUCUCGCACAUCAUUUCCUCACGGUAUCUCCCUGACACCACUCACUGAUGCCGCACUGGGCGUCCACAAGCUCUCGCACCCGCAUAUUCUCACACACCGCGUGGUGUGUCCUCCCGUUCCACAUACUGCCGUCGCAAUUGCGACUGCAUCGGCGUCGAGUGUACAAGAUGCGAAUGAGAAGGAGGCUUGGGAGGCAAUUUAUAUAAAAGGCAGCAUCAAUCCCGCAGGCGCAGUCAAAGGUGGGUUUGGUUUUUAUUUAGGUGGACCGGAAGACUUUCAAGCGCGCUUGAUGCACGAAGGGGCAGAGGAAGUAUUAAUGGCAUACGAGGUGAUGUUUGAAAAGGAUUGGGAGUGGGCGAAGGGAGGCAAAUUGCCUGGGAUCUAUGGCGGGAUCGGCGACGCGGCAUACGGAUGCUCAGGCGGACGCAAAGAUGCACGCUGCAAGUGUUUUGACUUGCGUUUGAUGUGGCGAGCAAAUGGUGCUGGUGAACUUUAUGCUUAUCUGCCGCUUACGCCCACCAAUGCUGAACGUCUGCUUCGCGUCCCUCCCACGUCACACGAGAACACCGACUAUGGUUUCUCGGUCGGACGCGGCGCAUGGCGGUUUCAGUCUGGCAGAUGGCAUUGCGUUGCAAUCCGAGUGAAGAUGAAUCAUGUUGGUCGGGAGAAUGGUGAGGUAGAGGUCUACAUAGAUGGCACGUCUGUGCUGCGUGCAACUAGUCUUGUGUUACGCGAAGACCCGGCGUCGAGAAUCAGAGGCAUGCAUUUCCAAACGUUUUUCGGAGGUAACAAGCCAGACUGGGCAUCCCCGAAACACCAGCGCGCCUGGUUUGCCUCUAUCACAGGCGCGAUUGUUCAACCUGAGCCCGAGGUACAUCAUACGAGACAGAAUGAUAAGCUCUAG